UACCUCGACAUCGCCAACAAGCUCUUCCAGGAGGAAUUCGUCUCGAUCCAGCCUGAGGAGUACACCCAGUUCUUGGCUGCUGGCGACGAGGAAAGCACCAAGAUCAGAUCCCACUAUAUGAACCUCUUCGACUGGGACGCAAACCUCCUCAAGUCCACCAGAAUGUUGUGUGCCAAGUUGUACUUGAAGGGUGAGUCGCAGGAGAUCGAUAGAAUCUUAUCGUCUUUCACAAAAUCAUACAUCAAACAGCACCCUCAAAACGUGUUUUGUACCCGCAAUUUCGAGAAAAUCUACAUCAUCAUCUACUCGUUGAUCUUGUUGAACACUGCGUUGCACAACUCGGAAUUGAACAAGAAAUCAAAGAUCUCCCAACCGGACUAUAUCAAAAACACAUUCACGACCUUCAUCCAACAAAACCCCAAGAGCUCCAAGAAGUUGUCCAUCAAGCAACGAAUCAUCAUUGAAAGAGAAUUGAGCAACUUCUACGAAGAAUUGUCGAAAAAUGAAUUGCAUUUGAAACAGUCCGAGGAGGAGUCAAAUGAAGCUGCGGCCACCACCAGCUCCCGUCUCUCGACUCCAGAUGCCUCUGAGUCCUCUUCGAAUGGCCAGGAUUCUGAAUUGCCUCUCUUAUCAAGGCAAGUCUCCAAUUCUUCAAUCUGGUCCACCGAUAGUGCCAACAGAAGAAGCUCUCUUGCAAUGAAGCGCAUGUCUUCUGCUACUUCUGCUGUUUCACAAUAUACAGUCACCAACAACAACUCGGGCUCGAAUGGCAAGUCCAACAGAGUUGGUUUCACCAGAGCCUUGGCUUCUGAUCUGAACCAAAAGUUCUACAAAAAUGGUAAUAGUUCCAGAACCUCGAACGUGUCUACUGCACCAUUCACCAUCAGAAACCGCCAAUCAUUGGACUAUUUGAGGGGUGCCCCAACCACCAGUUUACAAACCCAGAACUCGAAGCAGGCUACACCAACCAAUGUGCAUGGAAAUUUACACAAGAGAGCUUCGAGAUCUUCAAUCAUCUCUAAGGAGUCAACCAAUUCCGUUAAUGGGGAUGAUACUAUGUCGGUUCUUUCCCUUGAUACUGUCAAUCUCAAUAACUUGGAUCUUGGCGAUGACUUUGAUCUUCAAGCCUCUUCGCAACGCCAGCAAUUGGAAGAUUUCAAUGUUGACGACUACCAAGAUCAGUAUGAUUUGACUUUGGAGUUGCAGGGCUCUCCUUAUUUGAAGGAAGGAUUGUUAAAGUUAAGGAUCAUGAACAACGAUCAACAAGACACCACCUCAAGUGACUUGUCCAACGGUGUAUCAUCAUCUGCCACCUCAACUACUUCCCACAAUUCGACCGGCAGCAGAUUCCUCUCCUUCUUCAGUAGAGCUGCUAACAAUACUAACACCCAACCAAACAAGCCAAGUUCUACUGUGGGAACCUCAACAAACCUUUUGGCCAAUAAGCUAACUGAAAACUUUGUAGUGGUGUCCAAAGGUGAAUUAUCUUUAUACUCAUUUGACCAAAAGAUUAUUAAGAAACAUCAGCAAAAGAUAAGAAAGUACAAGCAAAAGCAAUUGGUCGUCAUCACCGAGCUUGAUGAAGAUGAAGAUGAUGAAGACCAAGAGAACAUUGGUGAUGGUAACUGGUUGAAAAAUGCAGUCAAAAUUGGGAAUUACAAUUUAUGCUCCACCUUUGCUCAGAUUGAAAACCAGUCUAACUCUACCAAAAAGGCAAUCUUAUGGUCGUUGGUCUUCCCAAAAACUUCUAAGAAGCCAGCCAAGAAGUUCAUUUUUGAAGCAGGAACCAUGGAAAUUGCCUUGGAAUUUGUCAACACUUGUAACUUCUGGGCCGCUAAGAUUACCGCUAUCCCAACUUUAGAAGAAAGUGUCUCAUCCAUUGAGUAUGGAUGGACUAACUUAGAGGGAAUCAUUGCAAAGAAAGACCAAUUUAAGAAAAUGAAGCACAUUAUGAAGUGGGAACAGUUACCUAAAGGUAUCUAUCUCAGUAACUAUAUCGUGGCUAACCUUGAAUCAGACACCGAGGCAAACCACGAAGGUAUGAUGAAACAGUUUGUUAAAACUUUGACUUACUAUAAUCAUUUAAAGAAGUUGUACCAUGAAUUCACCAAGGACAAGUUAACUUUCCUGAAGAGCUUGCCAAUGAAGCAGUACAAUUGUUCCAACUAUUCUAAGAUUACCAGCAACUACAAUGCCAAGGUACACGAAUAUAAGGGAGAAUUGACCAAAUAUAAGAACUACUUAAUCAUUCUUGGUUUCGGCUUGCAAUUGAGAUUUGACUUGGAAGAUCAGGAUAAAGAAGCUGAACACGUUGAAGAAUCGGUCACUCCUAAGGCUGCUUCUAUCGCUGAGGAUGAUGAAUUGACUAAAUUGGUCAAACUGGAAAUCAGAAAAUUAUUCAUAAACAUGAAAGACGUCAGUAAGAUUAUUCCUACCUUUCAAUCUUCCAAAUCUAUCAACAACUUGACAAAUUUGAUUAGGGAGCAAAACGAGGAGGACUCUGAGAAACCUACCCCUUUGGUAAAGUCUCCAAAGACAUUCAAGCUUUCCAACUACAAGGAUACUGAAAGUCCAGUGAACCAGUUGUUACAAUCAACUAAUGCCGUAGUUGAACAAGAACCACAUGAUGUGGUCCACAGUUACAGUACUAAUACCAUUAAGGAGGAGGAAGAACCCGAA